UAUUGGUCCCGCCCCCUCUCUUGGCCUCCCAGGAGGGCAGUGCCUUAUACCGAGAGGGAGGGAGUGGGGCAGGUUAUGUGGGUUUAAAGAAUUAAUUUCACCUUCUCCGAGCAGGAAACGUUACAGAUCUCCCUUGGUUUAUGCAGACAAGUCACAUCUGAGAAGACAUGCCCCCUCAGGAACUUUCCGUGGAUUACACUUCCCACUUUGCACCCCCAGUGCCCCCCCAUAAACCCAAGCCCGUGGAAGUGUCCUGCGGCCGGGAGCGGAUCCUCAAAUGCAUUCUACUCGGAGAUGGGGCGGUUGGUAAGACCAGCCUUCUAGUGAGUUACACUACGAACGGCUACCCGACCCGCUACAUCCCUACGGCUUUCGAUGAUUUUUCCGCGCUGGUACAGGUUGAAGAUACUCCUGUAAAACUUCAGCUCUGUGACACAGCAGGACAGGAUGAGUUUGACAAGCUACGUCAUUUCUGUUAUCCAAAGACAGAUGUUCUUAUUCUGUGCUUCAGCGUUGUCAGCCCGUCCUCCUUCCAGAAUAUCUCUGAAAAGUGGGUAUCAGAGAUACAGUGUCACUGUCCCAAUGUGCCAGUUGUUCUAGUGGGGACUCAGUGUGACCUCCGCGAAGAUGUCAAAGUUCUCAUCCAGCUCGCUCGGUACCAGGACAAGCCGGUGUCUAACUCUUCUGCUAGAGCUCUCGCUGAAAAGAUCGGCGCCGUAGCCUAUGUGGAGUGCUCAGCUUUGACUCAAAAGAACCUCAAAGAAGUCUUUGAUACAGCAAUCGUUUCUGGUCUGCGCUACUCGGAUCUAAGGGGACAGAGAGAGAGGAAAAUGGCCGCCACUGCCAACAAGAUGAAAACUCUUUCAAAGGCAUGGUGGAAAAAGUAUGUGUGUGUCUGAGGGCAAGACCCAAACUCAAUGAUGCACCCAAUGGAACAAUAUGCCAGACUUCCUGCUGAAGUGUUGGCAAUUAAACGAGAACUAACCCCUAAAAAUUAAUAUGGCUAAAAAAUGUUGUAUUUUAUGCAAUGACCUUCUUGCACCAGCCUAAAGUUUCAGCUUGUCAAUAGCAGCAAUGAUCCAGGACCUCAAAUGUGUCACCAUCUUGGAAAGUGUCUGUGACACUCACAUGCUCAGUGGGCUCUGAGCUGCUGUUGAGAAGCUAAGCUUAGGGGUCGUCACUAAUUAUCCAGCAGAAAAUGAGGUUUGUCUGUAAUAUAAGCUGAUGCUACAGGGCUGAUUAUUAAAUUCUGAUGGUAAUUGCACUGGUUUCUGUGCUGCCAUGUAGUAAUUAUCUGUAUUAAUUACCAAUCAGCCUUAUAUUGUGACAUUUCUAUUCUAUGUGUACUGUAUAUUGUCCCUAAGCUCAGUAAGUGACAGCAGCACAGAGCAUGUGCAGUGAAUCAGCAGAAAAGAAGAUGGGGAGCUACUGGGGCAUCUUUGGAGACACAGAUCUUUAUUGCUAAGGGGCUGUGGUGGGCUUAGGCUGCUACAAAAUAUAAUGUACAACAUUUCUAGCUACUUCUUCAGUUAAGGAACACAGCCAUUUAUUUUCUGCAGGAAAUUAAAGGAGAAGUUUUUUAUGUUCCAACGUGAUCAAGAUUCAAUCUGUGGACUUCUUUAUAUUUUUGUCACUUGCAAGAAAACAGCUGAACGGGAAAUACAUAGUAUGAAAGCAAUCAGCUCUUGUGAACAUUGGGCAGGGAUCGCUGCUGUUUGUCAUUACAAAGGUCGAGGCCUUGCUCCAUAUCCGAAAAGGAGACGUUUUGCUGUUUUGUUUUUUAAUCUGACCCUUAGCUGAGGUGGAUAUUAUAUCAAUAUUGCUUCUAUUUUUUAGAAGCGUGCAGUGUUUUAAGAUAUUAUAUUAACAGUGGUGGGUGCCACGUGUCUGUGCUGUGGAGGGCUCUACACAAAAGAUUAUAUAUCAUUUUUUUUUUUUUUUAAUCGUGAUACUCAAAGGUUAUAGAUCUGUUUUUGACCUACAGUUCCUAGCAUCACUUUAACUGGGGGUUUAUAGACAGAAAGCAAAGGGGGUGGCUAACCAGUGACUCGGCUGCUUCUAAAACCAAUCAUUGUAAUUUUAUGUGUAACUAGUUCCCUCUGCAUCACAGUCCAGGCUCCAGUUAUAUCUGCUUUAUAAGCAGCUGCUUGGGGAGAACACUUUGAUUUAAUGAGAUUUUGUUCUGGAAAUAAAAUGACAUUGAUAAACUA